ACAAACACUCAAUCUAAGGAGGUCUGCUUUAGCAAUUCACAUUAAUCAAGAACAACAAAGACACAUUGUCGAAAGCGUUUUUACACCUUGAAGAAGCCUGAACUACGAAUACUUUGAUAGACUUGGAUUAUAUUCCAAUACUAGCUCUGUGUUGAGUUCUGAAUAUAAACUUGACAUUCCUUUACUGGAUGACAUGAAGGAACUAAGCUUCUCACAGCAGCGUCUGCUUGAAGCAAUAACUAACGGCAGAAUCUACCAAACGAGACAACUUCUAGAAGCAGGGACGCCUUCAGAAUUUCUCGACGAGGAAGGUUAUAGCCCUUUCCUACGGGCUUGUUUUAUCGACGAUGAAAGACACAGGACAAGGACCAACCUGAUAAAACUCUUGAUUGUUUACGGAGCUGAUGUGAAUACUACAGAUCCACUAGGUCGGCAUGCCUUGACAUAUGGUUGCAUGACCGAAAACCAAGAGAUGGUUCAACUCUUGUUAGACAUCUCGAUACAUAAUAUAGACUUGAAUAAGAAAGAUUGCAAUGGAGAUACACCGCUAAUGCAUGCUGUACGACUUGGUAAUGUUAACCUAGUCACUAUACUAGUAGAUGCCAUGAACAAGUUUAGUAUCAACAUGGAUGUACGAAAUAAUGCUGAUAGGACUCCAUACCUUGAGGCUAAACAUUUGGGAAGAAAGGAAUGUGCGGAACUUCUACUAGMAAAGGCAAGCGCGUCCAGGGAAGUACAAGUCAAUCCGUUUCUUGACUUUAUGGAAGGUAAAGACGAAAGAUAUCUAUACGGUGGGGAUGUUAGAGGUGUUGAUUGGAGAAGGAAGAAAAUGAAGGGAACAAUAGUAGAGAAGAAUCGGUAUAACUUGAUCCAUCAACACCAAGGAAAACCUGCAAGAUUAAACUCGAAACGAGAAAUAAAGAUUGAUUGUAGUGUUAAAAGAUUACCCAAGAGACAAGGCACAAAGCCUAGGGGUUUAAAGAACAGAAACACUGAAAAUACAACUGGUUUUGAAGAGAAGAAACUAGCUUCCAACGCGACUACAGAAACACGUGUUACAGAAGUGUUACGAGAAGUUCAAGUAUGUAACGAGAAGAAUGACACUGAUGAUAGAGCGGAGUCGAGUGCCGCCAGGGUCACAAACGAAAAUACCAUAACAACGACGAAAAUGGAGAAAGAAGGUUUGAUAUCUGUGAGUGAGACACCUCGAGUAAGACCAUCUACAGCUGUUAUUACACGGAGGGAAAUGAARGCUGCCASGAACAGAGAGAACAGAGACCCUUUGUUGUAUAACACAUUCUUAACGGACGGUACCCCCGUGAGGCCAAGYAGUCAUCGAGUAUGGGUACCACAUCACCUCAGAAGCAAAACAGCGCCCCCCAGACGGUACCCUCACAGCAUACGGCAAACACCACUCAUGUCAGAUAAUCCAUCAGUCAAGAGGUACAGCGUGGACGAUAAUGAUCAGAUAAGUUGGUAUUCUCAUUUUAGUAUUCGUACUUCUCCUUCAGCGAAUUUCAUGAAUAAGAUAAUGGCAAUGUAUGCUGAACAAGUCGCUCCUCAGUCUAGUUACAGAAAAGGCGUAAAGCCGAGGAAAUCCGAAUAUGCACCGACUAUUGUCGCACCGCCCGAUGGUGAACACGAUAAACACUCGGACGGCCGUCGGUCGUCUAGCGGAAGUGUUCGUUCGUUGUCGGGUUCUGUUCGGAAUAGAAGGUUUUCUGUAAUAACUAAAACAGUUGCUUCUUACAUAUCAAGUAGGAAAGCAAUGACCUCUGGUGGCAAAAUUAAAAAYUAAAUUAUAUUACUGAAUAAAUGUAUAAAAUCCUUUAAAAAUAACUCAGUUACUAUAGUUUAAAUUAUUAUUAGCAAAGAAAUUUGUAUUGAGAAUUACAUCUUUUAGUAUAGAAUGUAACAGAAUGUUCAAGUUUU